AUUUAUAAUGAAAAUCAUGAUCAAAUUUUAUAAACUUUAACAAAAAUGUCAUAAUCUGAACUUAAUUUUGGGACAACGAAAGUAUGAUUUUGCAUUUGCACAUAAAUCUUCUGCCGUGUGAGCUUAAAGGCUGAUAUACCAUUUGCACAUUAAUCUUCUCAUGUUACCUUUUUUUGCUUUGUAUUACAGCUAUUUAAUUCCAGAUCUCGGACCAUGUUCACUUAAAAUUACAUAUUCUGCACACACUGAUUUGACUGUAAAGUUUCAGAGUCAUCGUAGCAGGGACUACACCAAUCCUAAUCUUCCUGUUGCUCCUUCAGCUAUGGAUGUUAACACUCAAUUCAUCGUGGGUUUAGAUGGAGAGAAACUAGAACCUGAGAGCAAUGUUCUUCUUGCUUCUAUUGAGAACAUGCAAUAUGCAGUUACCUUAGAUGUCUUGCAUACGGUUUUUGCAGCAUUCGGGCCUAUCUUAAAGAUUGCCAUGUUUGAUAAGCUCGGGGGCCUGCAGGCUUUGAUCCAAUAUCCUGAUGUGCAGACAGCUGUUGCUGCAAAGGAGGCCUUGGAAGGACAUAGCAUAUAUGAAGGAGGUUAUUGCAAACUGCAUAUUACUUACUCUCGGCACACUGAUCUUAGUAUAAAGAUAAACAAUGACAGAGGCAGAGAUUAUACAAUUCCGAAUGCGCCUUUGCUGCUGAAUGCUCAACCCUCAAUUCUAGGGCAACAGCCACAGCAGUUCGGAGGUCAAUAUGCCCCCCAAUUCUUUGAUGGUCAUACGCCACCACUGCCACCUCAGCAGCCUUCGGUGUCUUGGAACUCCUCCAAUGUUGUAGGAGGACAUCCGCCACCAACGCAUAUGUCCAUGCAGAUGCCUAAUCCUCCUCCGUACCCCAUGCCCCAUGCAAGUAAUGCUCAUCAAAUGUACAACCUAAGUGGGCCGCCACACACAGCCGCCAUGCCUCCACCAGACCAGCCAAGAUAGCGCUUGUCUAAGAGGAAUAGGAGAAACCUCUGCUCUUAAACGCUCGUAGGUCAUUUUUUCCCUUAUGUUUGAACUUAUUUGUGUUUGUGGCCUUAAUUAUGAUGUCUUCUUGUCAUAAAGGCUCAAAAUGUCAUGUUUGUACACAGUCUACACACUAAUUUGUGCAUGAGAUAAUGAAUUUCCAAGCUUUUUAUAUUGUGGCGAGUUUAAGAAAAUGGACAAGUUUCA